UGGCUGGGAUCAGUUUCUCCAGCUGAUCUGCAGCCGCCUAUUAAUUUUUUUCCCCCCAGCAAGAAGAAUGGAGAAUCCCCCAGGCUGCCGAGAGAAAAAGGAAGGGGACUCCUAAAAAAAAAAAAAGAGGCUGCAAUCUGCACCUCCGGCCGCUCGGGCCCUGGUUGCAGGCUGACUGGCUGGCUGAGGACAUGCGGCUGCAAGGCCCGCCACGCGAAGCUGAGGAGACGUGGAUGCCGCGCUAUAAAUAUGCCACGCAGGCAAAGCGCAACAGGCGACUUCUCCUAGCUCGAGAUGCGGGCGAACUCCAGGGCGAGGGGGCUCCGCGUGGCGCUCCUCUUGCCGCCUCUGUAGGUUAAGGAGGCCCGGGGGGCGGCCGGAAGAAAAGCUUUUUCAGAAGCGAGGCAAACUUUCUCCGCAAUGAAUAAAUUCCGGAAGGUUUGCCGAGGCAGCGGGAGAGCUCUGGCUUUGAUCUUCGCAGCUUCGGUGGUUUGGCUGAUCUUUGACAUGGCAGCCCUCAAGUUGUCCUUCGGCGAGAGCGGCACCAAAGUGCUGCAAGGGGAGACGGCGGGGGGGAAAGAAAAGGGGCCAGGGCGAGUUUGGCGCAACUCCGAGGAUGACCCGGGGAGGUGGUCCCGAGAGGAGCCCGAAACUUCCCCGCCGUUCCCGGGACAAGAUGGGAAGAAGCCUUCUAGGAACGGCGAAGAUGCUGGCCGGGACGCGGAAAGGAGAGGGCAGCGCUUAUCCCCCGGCGCGACCCCGGCCGAAGCAGCACCCGGGAAAAUACCCGGUCUGCGUGACAUAUUCCCGCUGAAACGGCAGCGACCGCCCGCUCAACCCUUGUCCCGUGCCCCGGAGAAGAAAGUCAACGAGGCCGCCGCCGGCGACCCCGGGCACACAAAGCCGGCUCUGGCCCGGCGUGAGCAGGAGCCACACUCAGUAGUGGCUGGAGGGCGAGCGCCUCUUCCAAACGGAGUCCCUCAGAAGGUGCCAGUUCAGAAGAGCGCGGGAGGAACGGAGGUGUUAGUGCACGCGGAGUUCACCGAUAAAGGGGUUUUGGUUGGGUUAAAACGUGGUGUCCCCCCUGGAAGCAUGCCUGAGGAAUGGCUGGCCAAUCCUGGUCUUCUCAAAGCCAACAGGACUGGGGGGCUAGUCAGAACGAUGGAGGUUCCUGAGGUCAAAGGAAGGUGGGGUUUACCUGCGGGCAAGCUGAAUACCUCGACAUCAGAGAAGAAGGAAGUCUCCCUGAAGAAAAUAGCUCCGGGAAACCUGCCAAGCAGGAAGAGUGCAAAAAUACCUCCGGCAAAGGAUGCUCUAUCAGAAAACCAACAGGUCUUUGUAACCAAGGAGCUGGUCCCUAUGGUUUUUCCAACAAUUCAGCAUCUCCAAGCCAGCACCAAAUUGAUGGGGAAGUAUGUACAACUGCCAGGUGAGAAAAGCAGCAAUAAGGGGAAAGCCACCAAUGCAACCCAAAUAGAUGGCCUUAUUAAAGCCACGGAAGGGAUCGUUGCCAGAGGAAGAGCAUUGGGGAAGGUUGACAAAGGCCAUUUAGCAGGUGAAGAGCAAUUCCCCAAACCUAAUCAGAGUAAUGUGGAUUUUGCAGAAAACACGAGGCUGCACAAAGUGUUAACUAUCGAUAGGACCCUGACCCCAAGAGACCCCGGAGCACCUGGUCAAUUUGGACGCCCUGCUGAAGUCCCAGGUGAGAAGGAGGAGGAAGCCAAAAGGAGAUGGAAUGAAGGGAAUUUCAAUGUCUACCUCAGUGACUUAAUCCCACUUGAUCGUGCCAUUGAUGACACAAGGCCUGCUGGAUGUUCAGAUCUUCUUGUCCACAAUGACCUUCCCACCACUAGCAUUAUCAUGUGCUUUGUCGAUGAAGUAUGGUCCACUCUCCUGCGCUCUGUCCAUAGUAUCCUCAACCGGUCCCCCCCUGAAUUGAUUAAAGAAGUUAUUUUGGUGGAUGAUUUUAGCACAAGAGCUUACCUGAAGGACAAAUUAGACAAAUACAUGGCACAGUUUCCAAAAGUCCGUAUCCUUCAUCUGAAAGAAAGGCAUGGUUUAAUACGAGCAAGACUAGCUGGAGCAGAGAUUGCCAAAGGUGAUGUCCUGACCUUCUUAGAUUCUCAUGUGGAAUGCAACGUGGGGUGGUUGGAACCACUACUGGACAGAAUUCAUUUAAAUAGAAAAAAAGUUGCUUGCCCUGUCAUUGAAGUGAUCAGCGACAAAGAUAUGAGUUACAUGACCGUGGAUAGUUUUCAACGCGGUAUUUUUACAUGGCCAAUGAAUUUUGGGUGGAAGCCAAUUCCUUCAGAUGUCAUUAAAAAAAAUAAGAUUAAGGAAACCGAUAUAAUUAGGUGUCCUGUGAUGGCAGGUGGGCUGUUUUCUAUUGAUAAGAAGUAUUUUUUUGAGCUUGGGGCAUAUGAUCCUGGCCUUGAUGUUUGGGGAGGUGAAAAUAUGGAGAUCUCAUUCAAGGUUUGGAUGUGUGGAGGAGAAAUUGAGAUUAUUCCGUGUUCCCGAGUAGGUCAUAUUUUUAGGAAUGAUAACCCCUACUCCUUCCCUAAAGAUCGACUCACUACAGUAGAGCGGAAUUUGGUCCGGGUGGCAGAAGUUUGGCUGGAUGAAUACACAGAUCUUUUCUAUGGUCAUGGUUAUCACCUUAUUCAAAAAAACUUGAACAUUGGAGAUUUGACUCAACAGAAGAAACUGAGGGAGCAGCUUCAGUGCAAGAACUUCAAGUGGUAUUUGGAAAACGUAUAUCCUGAUUUGGAGGCCCCUCUCGUUAAAGCUAAUGGGCUGAUUAUUAAUGUAGCAAUGAAUAAAUGCAUCACUGUGAAGCAGCCUAAUCUUACCUUUGAAACAUGUGAUAUUAAUAACAAGAACCAAAAGUUCAACUACACUUGGCUGAGGCUAAUCCAACAUGAAGACUCCUGCCUGGCACUUAUUGAUGCUGAAGGGACCCUGGGUCUGCACCCUUGCGAUAAAAGAAACAAUAGCCAGAAAUGGUUGCAUAAAUCACUGGUAGCUUUUCACCCAGAACUCAUGGAUCACAUUGUUUUAGAACAGCUUUCAAGGGCCACAUGUUUGGAAAUAGAUCAGACGCAGAAAACCCUGAGGGCUAACAUUUGUUUUUCGAGCAAUAUUCAUCAGAAGUGGCAAUUUGGAAAUUACUAUGCUGAGUGAAACAGAAGCCAAGCAAGCUACAUGUAGGAGCUGCUUAGUACGCUGAUAAGUUCAAGAAUGACAACUCUAGAAAUGGGAAGUACAGAAUCAGCAAUGUUUCUCAAAACCACAAUUUAAAAGCAGUGUAUGGGGAAAUCAACAGAUGGAGAAAGAGCACAGCUGAUUUAACUGGUGUCAUUCUGGUGUCCAACCAGGGCUGUUACCUCAAAGGAGGCUGGGCAGAAAUCUGGCCGGGGGGGAGGGGAGAGUUCAACGAAAAGGAAGUACAGUACUUUGAGUAUCUUUUUCCAUGACAAAAAGUAAAUUUAACAACAGAAUAUUAUGUUAUUAUGGGACCCGUUAUGAAUAUUUCAUUUCAUUAUUGUUCCCUCCCUCCCUCCCUCCCUCUCUCUCUCUCUCUUUCUCUCCCCCUUCUCUCUCCCUCCCUCCCUCUCUCUUUCUCACUCAGUAAACUCUUUGGCAAACCUUGUAGUCUUAAAUCUCUAAAACCUUCAUUUCAAAAGUAUGUACAAAAGGUUAAAAAUGUCUUCCAACUCUAGGAGAAAAAGUUUUAUUGCUGACAUCUCCAAGAAAAUGUGGUCACUCGGCUGUAGAGAUCAGAAGUAAUUUUUUCGACAACCCUUUCUCUUAGAAUUACAGCCACUUCAACACCUUUCAGAUCAUCCAAAAUGGGAAAGAGAAAGAAGAGUCUCAUAGCUAUAUUGAAAAUGGGAUCACAAGCCUUUAAAAAAAAGUAAUUUUGCUUUGAAAUUUCUUUUUGGAUAACUUGCAACUUUGGCUGGAUGUUCUAGGUGUGUUUCCCUUUUGUGGCAAGAAUUCACAUUUCUUGUUUUAGAAACUGGACAUAAAGAUGCGAUCCCUUCAGAAGGAUGACAAGCAUUCCUUCAUAAUAUAAAGCAGCAUCAUAUAUGUCAAUGAUGUGAUUCAUCUCACUAGGCACGAAAAAUUAAAAGAACCAUGUAAACUCACAUUGGGUAGUUCCUCCAGCAGUUCGUAUUGCUAUCAUAAGGCACUCUAGGAUGGAAGAAUCAGCCAGGCACUUAUCACUUGCUAGCCAAUUGGGAACUAAAGUGUAAUGAUCCUGACAGCAUGAAGAGCCAGGUGCUUGUAGCCUCCAAACACACAGUGAUUUCAAGCAUUGCCACAUGAAUGCAACUCUUUGGGUCACAGAAACAUUUUUCAGAAGAUUGCUUGUUUUGUACUUUGGAACUGGCCACCUCAUCAGUUAAUAUUCUAUUAGAUUUUAGUGAUUUUCACAAUCUACAAGAUCAUAGGACUGGGAUGUUCCUGAUGUAAAAUUCAAAGUGAACAUUUCUUUAAAAAGAUGCUACUUAAGAAUGGACCUCAUUGGACCCCACCACUUUCAGCUCAGUCCCCCCCUAAAACAGACAAUUAGCACUUAAGAAAAAACAAUCUUGAAUGUUUCCAAAAGCAAAGUCAAAUUUCAUAUAUACCCCACUAUCUUGAAAUAGUUUGUCAUCUUCUAAAAAGACAAAUACUUGUGUUUUUCAUAUGUAACUUUGCCAAUAUAUGAACUUACAUUUUUUGAUGUUGGGAGAAACACCAUUGAGUUAUCCACCUAUUAAUAAUAACUUUAUUGUCAUUGUAUGUGUAUACACAGUAUACCCAUACAACGAAAUUCACUUAACACCCAUUCACAUUAUCUGAAGUCACAUUGCCCAACAUUAUAAUGAAAUUAUUUAUACACUAUGCAAUUGUACACUAUAAAUAUAUUGUUCCAUGUAUUUAGCACACCAGUGCAUAGCACAAGGAGACUAUGCCCUGGCUUGCAACCACCCUAUCUUUAGAUAUUUGAACGUGAAAAGAAACUCCUAAUGAAGGACCUAGAGCAGGGGUCAGCAACCCACAGCUCUGGAGCUGCAUGUGGUUCUUUCAUCCCUCUGCUGCAGCUCCCUGUCGCCGGUUAGCUCCACAAUUGAUAGGACUUUCCUUGAUAGGACAGGUAGAGGAAAAAGGAUGCCAUUCUAGGAGGAGACUGUAUGGUAGGGGAACCGGACUUCUGGUCGGCAGAGGAAAAAGGACGCCACGCUAGGAGGAGACUCUAUAGUGGGGGAACCGGACUUCUGGUCGGCUCCAGAAUUCAAUGGGGGGGCUUCCGGUUAGCACCUUUGUGGCUCUUUGAGUGUUUAAGGUUGCCGACCCCUGAUCUAGAGCUAGUUUGGUUUAGCAGUUAAGGUACGAAGUUAGAAAGCAGGAGACCGUGAGUUCCAAUUCCCACCUUAGCUAUGAAAGCCAGCUGGGUGAUUUGGGCCAGUCACUCACUCUCAGCCCAACUCACCUCACAAUGUUGUAGGGAAAAUAGGAAGAAGAUGAUGUAUUGAUUAUGCUUACCACCUUAAGUUGUUUGUAAAAAUAAUAAAAGGUGGGAUACAAAUAAAUAAAAUAUGGGCUUCCCCAAUAGAUGGAUGCCUGACAUUACAGCACAUUAAACAUUAUCGAGAAUGUGUGUUUCUCAGGAAUUGGGGGUCCUGAGGAAUUCUGAUCCCGCUUCUCUACAUUCUCUUGGUUUGUUGUGGCUUGAGAGUGGUGACCAUUGUUAAAUUAAGCUGUUAUUUGACAGGACCAAAAUAUUUAACAAUAAUCUUCAAGGUAUUUAUUUAAGAGCAAUAAUCACUGGUAACUCUGGAAUUAAUUUGCUGAAACAGCUCAUCAGCAUAAGAAUUCUUAUGAUUGUGAAUUGCUCUGGAACAAAAGACUUAAAAUUCACAUCUUGUGUCUCAGAACAUUGUAUGUUUUUGUAAGACAAACUUAGAAGGCAGCCAAGCUUUCAUCAGCCAUCAUAUUUACAGCCGGUUAUGGGAUUCUUUGGUGAUGUCUAAGAGGGUCUCGGUAUAUAAUAUCACAUAAUGCUGACAACGCUUGGCAAAGCAAAGUUGCCAAAAUAUUGAUUUGCCUAAGAGACAUCACAGUUUCAUUCCCACCUGUCUUUCUGAUUUCCUUUGCAUAUCAUUUAGUAUUGCUACCCUGUGGGCACUAUCAAAAAAAUUACACAGAUGUUGUCUGUGAUCUCAUGAUUUAUCAAAAACAUUAAUUUCAUUACAUUUUGUGUGCUGAUAUUCUGUCAUUCUUCAUUUAGCCAACAUAGAGAGGCCAUAUGUAACAGUCACAUUGUAUUUCACAUAAGUCCCAAUGCAUUUUCACUAUUCAUUUUCCGAAAUGUCAGUUUCAGUAAUGGUUUUGUUUAGGCUUUAAAAUAAUUUGGUAUUCUCUUUGUAAUGUGGGGAACUAAAAUAUGACACAAAUAUCCCUUUACAAUCAAUCGUGACUUCGUAUUUUCAUUCUUUAACAAGCAGUCACGUUAACAUAAUUCCCUACAUUUUGCAACUGUAUGUUGUCUUUUUUGCUUACUGGUGAAGAUUACAAAAACGCAUUCCAAAAAGGAAUUGGGCUUAGAAAUUUGAUGCCAUGUUUUUGGAAAUGAUGCCCAAUCCAACAGGUGUCCCUGCCAACCAGUGUAGAAGAGGACAGAAAGAACCUUCCCUCAUUCACCAACCCCGAUUCCUGGAUUCUUAGUCUGAAAAUAAAAGACAAAUAAAUCCCUCAUCCUUACUUGA